AUGCAAAAAACACUGAUCUUCUUUGGUCUCGUAGCUUCACUUAUACUCAUUGAGCAGGCAUGCGGUGCUGAACUAAAAAGUUCACCAUCAGAAUGUUGGAAAGCAUGGAGUCGUUGUACGCCAGGAACAUCAUGGGGUACUGGUUGGUUGUGGCAAUCGUGUCAAGAUCGAUGUAACUGCCUACAAGCUGAAACUGGCAAGUGUGAAUCUUUUCCAAAUACUUGUCCAGAAGUAUUUGAAGGACCUACGAUUCAACAAUGUCGCUGUUAUGGUACUCGUUCACCCUUAUCUUGGUGGGAACGAGUGAAAUGCAAUCUUUGGCCAUCAUAA